AUUCUCUGACAGUCGCUCAUCUACUUUCGAGCAGAUCGACGCAACGCGUCGUCUCUAUCGGUUCGCGUUCGCGCUUAAAACGUGACGUGAUAUCAUCUGUUUACAUUUUACACAGUUUUCGCUAGAUUUUCAAAACUACUCCACCUACCGGUAUUGAAAAUUAAUUUUAAACUGUUGGAAAUCUAUACGCGUACUUCUACGAACGAUAAAAUUACUCCUUUCUUCUUUUUUGCGUGGUAAUGAAUCGAUUACACGAGCAGUUUAAUUGUACUAGACGCCCUUGAUCGAAUAAUUACUGCCCCAGGAUUCUCCUCCACGAUUCGAGCCAAGUACUCGAGGAAUAAAAUUGAAAUGAAAUCAAACGUCACGAGAGAUACGGGAACGACAGGUGUAAAACAUUCGAACUCUUAAUCUUCUUAAAUAAAAAUUAACGCGUAUAUAUACGACGGUAGCAGAGAGAUAAUAAGUUUCGUUCUAUUAAUCUGUGUACAAGAUCGAAAGAAAAUGGGCAAGUGUUGCUCGUGUUUCUCGUGUUUCUCAAGAUUCAGAGCGAUCUUCAGGCCCGAAACUGUGACCGAUACUCCAUUGAAGCCCCUCUGCACCAAACCGGAGUGCCUUCCACGACCACCUGCAGCGCCUAACGAUGGGGAAGACUUUGGUGUUCCGGUCUUGACCAUCAUAGACGUGGACCCGUGCAUAGCGGAGAACGGGAGCUUGCACAGGACGUCGAGAUACGAUUUGAUGAGCCGACAGGACGACAAGUCGAGGCUGGUCGUUCGACGGGGACAAGAGUUUUAUCUCCACUUGACUUUAUCCAGGGACUACGAUCCGAACAUUGACGGUAUGUCGAUAGUUUUUACGGUGGAUGGAGUGGAGCAGCCGCAAUACGGUCAUGGAACUCUGGUCGCCACCGCUGUUCUCUAUCCUGGAGAGGUGUCCGAGGGUUCCUGGCAAGCCACCAUCGAUGCGGUUCAAACGAAUUUCCUUCGAUUAAAGAUCGUUCCGUCCGCUAACGCCAUAAUAGGUAAAUGGAAAAUGGACAUUGACACGAAGAACAGGAAUUUGGACGGCGCUAUUAGUUACACGAUGAAACAGCCGUUUUAUCUGAUCUUUAAUCCAUGGUGCCCAGAGGACAUAGUGUACAUGGAGGACGAAGAUCAACGGCAGGAGUACGUGAUGGCGGAGGAUGGUUUGAUAUGGCGGGGAAGUUAUAAUCGCCUGAGACCAACGGUUUGGAAGUACUCGCAGUUCGAGAGAGAUAUAUUGGACUGUGCUCUGCAUCUGAUGAUUCAAGUGGGGAAAGUUCGAAUCUCCGGCAGAAGCGAUGCUGUCGUUAUAUCUCGCAUCCUGUCCGCGGCGGUAAAUUCACCGGACGACAACGGAGCCGUGAUGGGCAACUGGUCCGACGAUUUCGGAGGUGGUACACCGCCGACCAAGUGGUUGGGCUCGCAAAAGAUUCUGCAGCAGUAUUACAAAAGCAAGAAACCGGUGAAAUAUGGACAGUGCUGGGUAUUUUCGGGGGUGCUGGCUACCGUUUGCCGUACUCUGGGUAUUCCUUGCCGCGUCGUGACCAACUAUUCGAGCGCCCACGAUACUCAGAGCAGCUUGACGGUUGAUUAUUUCGUCGAUGCAGAGGGAAAAAUAAUGGAGGAGUUGAACAGCGAUUCGAUAUGGAAUUUCCACGUGUGGAACGAGGUUUGGAUGAAGAGAUUGGACUUGGCAUUGGAUAAUCCUGGUUGGCAAGCGAUCGAUGCAACGCCCCAGGAACUGAGCGAGGACGCGUAUCGUUGCGGGCCAGCUUCCGUGAUUUCGGUGAAGAAUGGCGAGGUUCUUCGACCUUACGACAACGCUUUCCUCUUUGCCGAGGUGAACGCGGACAAGGUGUUUUGGCGGUACAACGGACCGACUCAACCUUUGAAGUUGAUUCGAAAGGACGUGGACGGAAUCGGUCAAUACAUCAGCACGAAAGCAGUCGGCAGGUGGGCUCGAGAAGACAUAACCCACACUUACAAGUACCCGGAAAAAUCGCCGGAAGAACGGGCUGCGAUGUUGAAGGCGCUGCGUCAAAGCCAGUCGUUGUUCAGUCGCUAUUACCUGAACGAAGAUUUCAACGACAUCAUGUUCAACUUCGAGCUUCGCGACGACAUCGUAAUAGGACAACCCUUCAGCGUGGUGCUGCUGAUUAAAAACAGAAGCAGCUACAACGAGUAUAGAGUCUCCGUGAUUCUGAGAGUAGAAACCGUCCUGUACACGGGCAGGGUUGGCGAUCCGGUGAAAAGAUUGAGCAUGGAUCGACUGGUGAAGCCCGGAGUUCUGGAGGAAGUGCGUAUGGACGUUUCCUGGGAAGAAUACGGGCCACGAUUGUUGAAUCAGUGCGCUUUUAAUAUCGCCUGCUUGGCCACCGUUAAAGACACUAACUUUGAGUACUUUGCUCAAGACGAUUUUCGCGUAAGGAAGCCUGAUAUCAAGAUCAUGUUGAAGGACGAGCCGGUAGUUGGGGAAACUUUGAACGCGACUGCAAGGUUUAAGAAUCCAUUACCAAUUCCACUGAAAAAAUGCAGAUUUUUAAUCGAAGGACCAGGGUUGGACGAGCAGCUGAAGAUAAAGCUGUCCGAAACGGUGGAAGUCGAGGCUGACGCGGAAUGUUCCUUUUCCAUGGUGCCGAAAUUCGAGGGACGCGCCACUAUUGCCGUGAAAUUUUACUCGAAAGAGCUUGAGGACGUUGACGGUUUCAUCAAUUUCAUGGUGAAACCGGCGAAAGCUGUUGCAAACGGUGAAUAAAAGAAAAGAAAAGGACAAGCAAAGGUCUCGUAUCGGUGUGAACAUGUGUUCGUAGGUCUUCCAUGAAAUUUUCUCUAUUUUUUAAUACUUGUUCUUGCUAUUUUGUAUACAAUAAAAGAUAGAUAGCCAAGAUGAA